CGUCACUUCGGCGCCGCCAUGCUGCCGGCGCUGAGGCGCUGCCGCCCGGGGCCCGUCCCGCUCCCGGCCCUGGCGGCCGCGCUGGGCCCCGGCCCCUUCCCGGGGCUCUGCCCCGCCUGGGCCCCGCGGGCGGUGCCGGCGCGGGGCCGCAAGAGCCGCCACGACCCCCCCGCCAAAUCCAAGGCGGGCCGCGUGAAGCUGCCGCCGCCCGUGGACCCCGAGGAGCUGCUGGUGGUGCUGGAGCGGUACCGGCAGCACCGGCUGGUGCUCAGCGCCCUCCGGUACCGGC